AUCCAGACAUUUACUGACAGAAGUUCAAUCCAGACAUUUACUGACAGAAGUUCAAUCCAGGCAUUUACUGAUAGAUGCUCAAUCCAGACAGUUACUGGCAGAAGCUCAUUCCAAACAUUUACUGACAGAUGCUCAAUCCAGACAUUUACUGACAGGUGCUCAAUCCAGACAUUUACUGAUAGAAUCAAUUUAUUUACUACCCAAUAG